AUGUCAGCGUGCAGCAAAAUCCGCAACAUAGUCAGGCUCCGCCAAAUGCUACAACGGUGGAGGAAGAUGGCCGUUACUGCUGCCCGUCGCCGUGUCUCGACCGACGUACCUUCAGGACACAUGGCAGUCAUAGUGGGCGCCAGUUGCAAGAGAUUUGUAGUCCGUGCAACCUACUUGAACCACCCAAUAUUCAAGAAACUGUUGUCACAGGCAGAGGAAGAGUUUGGUUUUACUAACUCUGGCCUUUUAGCCAUUCCUUGUGAUGAAUCUUUGUUUGAAGAGUUGCUCCGUUACUUGGCUCGAUUCGACUCCGUUAACAAUAAUAUGUCACGGUUCAUGAACUUUGAAGAUUUUCAAAGAUAUUGUUACAUGGAUAUCCGAAGCAACCUUGAUUUUUGGGGUGAUUCUAGACCCCUUUUGCAUUAG